AUGACUCGGCCCGUUGAGAAGAUAGCAUUCGCACGCCUUGAAGUGAAAAGAAUAGGGCAUCAACUGACCACGGAAUCACAACAGUCCGCUGAGGACUUCACCUCGGAAGAGGGAAAGCACUGGUCCAUUCCGGCGAUGAGUUGGACGGUAGAAAAGACGGAGUUGACGAGAAAAUCGAAAAUGCCUCAGAAUGUGCCGUUGAUAAUCAUCGCGGUGUUUUGCUACACCGGAGGCUCUCUAGGCCAAGUUCAAAGUGCAUACAACGGUGGAUUCGUGUUCGACGCGUUGAGUGAGCCUUGCGAUGGUCAGCAUUUCAUGGAUGUAUUGCCGUCGCUGACACAGAUUGUGCGACGAUACAUUCCCGGAGUUGGAGCUUCUGGGCAGAACGCGGUAUGCGCAGUUAACUUUCAAAUGCAGAAAGGGAACGUGUUUGAUUUUGGCAGAAAUACGCAGCAAAUCGUCUGCGGACUAGGCUGGGAUACGACUUUCGGCCAAGUUGACCUGGAUGUUAGCUGUGUUUUGAUGGAUCAGACAGGCGAAGUACUGGAAACUGUUUUCUUCGGGAAUCUUCGUAGUGAGAGACCUCAUAGUGCAGUUGGCGCUGUGGUGCACACUGGAGAUAAUCUGACGGGCGAGGGAAGUGGCGAUGAUGAACAAAUCAUUCUGAAUAUGAACCAGAUCGGCCCAUCAGUCUUCAACGUCUUUUUCGUUAUCAAUAUCUACACGUGA